ACAUGCGCAGUGGCGCCGAGGCGAGGUCGCGGCGAAGCAGAGGCGCUGGGGCUUCUGGGCCGGGUUUCCCAGGACCGGGCUGGAACGUGCAGCUCCUGGCCGGGCCACGCUCUGCUUUGCUGGGAAGGGAAGUGGCGGAGCCCGAGGACCCGCUGCCGCGCGGGACUGAGCCGGCCACGCAGGCGCCCGUGCCAGCGCCGCCAUUGUUGCCUGUGGCCUUAGGGCCGCUCCGGCUGCCCGUCGGCCGGGUCCCAGCGACAGGGUCUCUUAUCCAUCCCUGCAAGUUCUGGGCUCAGAAUUUGUCACUAAGGCUGCUAACUCUACCUUGAUUCUGUUCUGCCCUCGGCUGCAGCAGCCUUUGAUAUAGUGUCCUUGUGACUCUAGCAUGAGACUUCAAGCAGUUGCCUCACUACUGGAGAAAUAAAGGAUAUUGCCAGAUUGACUCACCUGUCUGUAGCAAUGUUAGUCUCGAGCAAGAGGAUGAACAGCUCUUCACGUUCCCAAAUCCUUCUAAGGUGGAAGUCAGACAAGGCUCAGAGUGGACCCUACCAUGUUGAGAAGGAAAUCCUUACUUCGAGAUUCUUACGUGACACUGAGACCUGUCGACAGAAUUUUAGGAAUUUUCCAUACCCAGACCUGGCUGGUCCUCGAAAGGCAUUGAGUCAACUCCGAGAGCUCUGCCUUAAGUGGCUGAGACCUGAGAUUCACUCAAAGGAACAAAUUUUGGAACUGCUGGUGCUGGAGCAAUUCCUGACCAUCCUGCCUGGUGAGGUUAGGACUUGGGUAAAGUCCCAAUAUCCAGAGAGCAGCGAGGAAGCAGUGACUCUGGUGGAGGAUUUGACUCAGAUUCUAGAAGAGGAAGCUCCUCAAAACUCUACCCUUUCCCAAGAUACCCCAGAGGAAGACCCCAGAGGAAAACAUGCUUUCCAGGCAGGGUGGCUAAAUGACUUGGUGACCAAAGAAUCAAUGACAUUCAAAGAUGUGGCUGUAGACAUCACCCAGGAGGACUGGGAGUUAAUGCGUCCUGUACAAAAGGAAUUAUACAAGACUGUGACGUUACAGAACUAUUGGAACAUGGUUUCUCUGGGACUUACAGUGUACAGACCAACUGUGAUUCCCAUAUUGGAAGAACCAUGGAUGGUGAUAAAAGAAAUUUUAGAAGGCCCUAGUCCAGAAUGGGAAACUAAAGCCCAAGCAGAGGAUAUGUCUAAACCCACAAAAGAAGAAACCAAGACCAUCAAAUUAGAAGACUCAUAUGACUAUGAUGACAGAUUAGGGAGGCGAGCCACAGGAGGCUUCUGGAAGAUUCCCACUAAUGAAAGAGGCUUCAGUUUGAAGUCAGUCCUUUCACAAGAAGAUGAUCCCACAGAAGAAUGUCUUAGUAAAUAUGAUAUAUAUAGAAAUAAUUUUGAAAAGCAUUCAAACCUAAUUGUACAGUUUGAUACCCAGUUAGAUAAUAAAACUCUGUAUAAUGAAGGCAGGGCAACCUUCAGUCAUGUCUCGUAUGGUAUUGUACAUAGGAAAAUACUUCCUGGAGAGAAGCCUUACAAGUGUAAUGUGUGUGGGAAAAAAUUUAGAAAAUAUCCAUCCCUCCUGAAACACCAAAGCACCCAUGCCAAAGAGAAAUCAUAUGAAUGUGAAGAAUGUGGGAAAGAGUUUAGGCAUAUCUCAUCCCUCAUUGCACAUCAGAGAAUGCACACUGGAGAAAAACCAUAUGAAUGCCACCAGUGUGGUAAAGCCUUCAGCCAGCGUGCACACCUUACUAUACAUCAGAGAAUUCAUACUGGAGAGAAACCUUAUAAGUGUGAUGACUGUGGAAAAGACUUUAGUCAGCGUGCACACCUUACCAUCCAUCAAAGAACACAUACUGGAGAGAAACCAUAUAAAUGCUUGGAAUGUGGUAAAACCUUCAGUCAUAGUUCAUCACUGAUUAAUCAUCAGAGAGUUCAUACUGGAGAAAAACCUUAUAUAUGUAAUGAAUGUGGGAAGACUUUCAGUCAGAGUACACACCUCCUUCAGCAUCAAAAAAUACAUACUGGGAAGAAACCAUAUAAAUGCAAUGAAUGUUGGAAAGUGUUUAGUCAGAGUACUUACCUUAUUCGACAUCAGAGAAUUCAUUCUGGAGAGAAGUGUUAUAAAUGUAAUGAAUGCGGAAAAGCCUUUGCUCACUCCUCAACCCUUAUUCAACAUCAAACCACUCAUACUGGAGAGAAAUCAUAUAUAUGUAAUAUAUGUGGGAAAGCCUUCAGCCAGAGUGCAAAUCUUACUCAACAUCAUAGAACACAUACUGGAGAGAAACCAUAUAAAUGCAGUGUGUGUGGGAAAGCAUUCAGCCAGAGUGUGCACCUUACUCAACAUCAGAGGAUUCAUAAUGGAGAAAAACCCUUUAAAUGCAAUAUAUGUGGGAAAGCAUAUAGACAAGGUGCAAAUCUUACUCAGCAUCAAAGGAUUCAUACUGGAGAGAAACCCUAUAAAUGUAAUGAAUGUGGGAAAGCUUUUAUUUAUUCCUCAUCACUCAAUCAACAUCAGAGAACUCAUACUGGAGAGAGACCCUAUAAAUGUAAUGAAUGUGAUAAGGAUUUUAGCCAGAGAACAUGCCUUAUUCAACACCAGAGAAUUCACACAGGAGAGAAACCCUAUGCAUGUCGUAUAUGUGGUAAAACCUUCACGCAGAGUACAAACCUCAUUCAGCAUCAGCGUGUUCAUACAGGUGCCAAACAUCGUAAUUAAUGGAUAAGGGAAACUUCAUUUAGGUUUUACAACUUCAUUUCAAUAUUAUUUUGUGUGUUCUGUGUGUUAAAACAUUGAGAAGAAAUCCGAAGAAGUGCAAUAUGCUAGAUACCACUCAGCAAAAGUAUCAGAAUUAGUGGUAUGGAUAUAACCUAUUUAGAUUUAAUGUGAAAUUUAAGAAGAAAAUUUGACUUCUUAACCUUUAUUUGAUAUGAGUUUAAUUCAUUACAGAAAGAAACCCUGUGAAGGGUAUUCAAAAACAUAACUCAUCAACUCUUUAUUUCAAGUACAGUCAUCCCUCAGUAUACUCGGGGAAUUGGUUCCAGGACCACCCAUGUAUACCAAAAUCUACCCAUACUCAAGUUGCACAGUCAGCCUGGCGGAACCUGUGUAUAUGUAAAGCCCUACAUCUACGCAGGUUUCCCAUCCCUGAAUAAUGUACUUUCAAACUCUGUUCAGUUGAACAAAAAAAAAUCCAGUAUAAGUGGAUCUGUACAGUUCAAACAUGUUGUUCAAGGGUCAACUGUACAUCUUAAUGAGGCCUUAUGAGUAUAACUUGGGAAAGUGUCCAUCAAGUAGAGAUUUCACACUAGAGAGUAAUCUUAAAAUUGCAGAAAAGAGAAAGCUGCUUUCAGGCGUUUUAUUUUUUCCCAGCUUUGAAGCCUUAAAAUAUGUAAAGGAUUCCCUCCUGUUUUACUUCCCCUUCUCCUGUUAUGCCAUAACUGCCAUAUGGAGCCAGUAGGUUUGAAAAAACAGUUGAAAGUAUCUUAAAGAUUUCUAUGUGAUCACUGUUUAGUUACACCUUCCCUCAGAUACUGAAAUAUUAAAGGGAGGCUUAAUGAAAGAUAUAGUAGAAACUAAUGUGUAUAUAAUAUUAGAUGUGUAUAGUUAAACAGGCAAAAAUUAAAUGCCCCAAGUUUAAAUGAAUUUUUAAUACAUGUUAGCCUUGAUUUCACUAGGUUAUGAUGUUCAAGGUCAUCCUUAUGGAAAAAACUAGGUAUAAGGUAUACAGUUCCCAUUUUUUUCACCUGACUCCUAAAUUUAUAUGUCAGCUUUCUCUGUAACUGUUUUACUAUGGAAAGUUCAUUUCUUCCAUUGAAACACGUUUCUUGAGUAUCUACUAUGCUCAGGUCCCAAACUUCUUAAUUGGAUCCUUUCAAGGCUGGUUACAAUGCUGAAAAUCACAGGUGAUUUACACAACAGAAAGAUUUCUAGAGUAAUGAGAAAGUGACGUGAUAUUUUGUCAUGGAAUGAGCAUAAGCAACCUGCUAAAAUGGGUUGCUAAAUGGUACCUAGAUCCCAAGAGAAGGUAGUGGAAGUAAUGGUGCAGCUAAAUAAAUAAUGUGAGAAAAAAAUAAGUAAUGGAAAGUAGAUUUGGGUUCACUGGAGAAUGUGGGCCAGAGAAGGUGAAAUUUUAAUGGAGUGAGGAAAAAUACAUAGAUAAUUGCUAUAACAUGAAAAAUAAUUGGACUUGCUUUGUCUGUGGAAUGAAAAUGGCUAAAUAAAAAAGAAUUCAGCCUGGUUAUAAACUAAAAACAAAAUGACUUAUUUUUAAGGAAUAAAUGGAAGCCUGACACUCCUUCAUACAUAAAAGAAAAAUAGAGAUUACUCUUAACAUGUCAGGAAAAAAAUUAAUUGUAAAAAGCACUGACACAGUAAUCAUUAAACAGUGAUAACUGGGUGAGUUCUAAACAUAGAAAGAAAACUGGCAGAAAUGCAAAUAGAAAUAGGUAAAAAAAAUACUAUUGCAUUUCAUAUUUAUAGCAUUCCACUACCAGAAUAUAAGGCCAUAUUCUGAGAACUGAGAUUUCAUUGUGCUCGUAUUUGUUUUUCCAGUCCCUUGCAUAAUAGCGCAUGGUCAAUACAUGGUUGAAUUAAUUAAUUAUUGAAUGAAUAAAUUAGAUAAAUUAUAUGAUUUAAUUUAUAAUUAAUUAGAUAAAUUAGAUUUCAGUAAUAAAGUAGAAUUAACCGGCAUGAAGUGAAAAUUGGUAUAACUAAAAAUACUAUUGUGCGUAUAUCAAAGAAAUGUUCAACAAAUAACAUUUACUUGGGAACUGCUUAAAAAUAGUGAAUCUGAUUUCAUGGGGCAUCUACACAGGAGAUUUUCCCAAGCUAAAUGAGGGGAAAUUGAUAUCAAUUCUGAUACUAUAAAUACCAAUUUAAGCAUGUAUUAACCAUGCAACUUCCUUUGGACAUUACUGUUUAUAAAACUAUCCUACAAACAGGUACUGAAGGUUAGACCCGGGAUCCUAGCAUCCUAAAGGCUAUAUUGCUGAGUGUUUUCUUUAAGAAACUUGAUUUCCCUUUCUCUUACAUUAGUUAACCUUGAUUUCAUAGUAUUCUGCACAAAGUACAGGCUGCAGAAUACUCAAACUGUGCUUAUAUAGUUAUGUUUUUUAAAAAAAAAAUAACAGUUUUUGAAAAUCUUAUUUUUUUUAUGCUGCUUCAUCCCUCACACAACACUUAUUUCUCUUGGUUGAGCAUGUGGCAUGUUAAAGUCCAUAGCAUCUUUCUUUGUUUUACUGUAUAUUUCCUGCCUUGUAUGUUUUAUGUAAAUAAUGCAUUUAUAAAGUUUUCCACUGAUACACAGAGGCAAUUGAUGCCCUUAUAAAAUAACAGAUUAGUAAUAUUGGAGAACCCUAGAUCUUUGUGUAUUUUUCCCACUUUUACAGUUGUCUGACCCACAAAUUAUUCAGCAGUUUUUAGCAAAUAGCCUUAUUUUUCAGAACUUUUUAUUGACCCACAAAUUAUUCAGCAGUUUUUAGCAAAUAGCCUUAUUUUUCAGAACUUUUUAUUAUGAGUUUUCAAAUAUACAGAAAGGUUUAAAAAUAAUAAAAUGAACUGCAUACCACCUAGAUUUAAAAACCAACAUUUUGCCAUUUUUUUUUAAACAAACAUUGGAAAGUAAGUUACAGACAUGACAUUUUCAUCGCUAAAUACUUAAGCAUGCAUCUCAUAAAAAUCAGGACAAUCUUUACAGAACCACAAUACAAUUGCAUACCUUAGAAAAAGGACAGUAAUUCCCUAAUAUCUGAAGACCUAGUCUAUGUUUAGAUUUUCUUUGUUGAUCCAGUCAGUUUUCACACAUAGUAUUUGAUUUUUAUGUCUGUUUCAUCUAUCUAGAACAGACCCCACUUUGGUUUUUCCUCUUUAAGAGAGCAGGUCAGUUGUCUUGAAGAAUGUCUCACAUUCAGGAUUUAACUGAUUAUUUACAUGUGGGUUGUUCCUGUACCCCUUGUAGUUUCCACAAAUUGGAAGUUAGGGCAAAAGGCUUAAUUGGAUUCUUUAAACAUUUUAAUGAUAACACCUGACAGAUGUAUUUCAUAGUGCAUCAUAUCAAAAGUCUCACUAAUACCAGGUUGACUCACUAUCAAUGGAUCACUCAGUUGAGGUGGUAACCACCAUAUCUUCCCAAUAUAAAGGUAGUUUUUCCUAUUGCAAUUAACAAUUUGUGGAAUGGCACUGGCAGUAUAUAGAUAUUUUGGUUGCCAACAACUUCUUACCUGGUAAAAUGUAACCAACGGUGAUCCUUGCCUGAAUCCAUUGUUUUAUCAGUGUUUGCAAAAUGACAGUUUUAUAAUUUUAUUUUACAUUUGUUGAGUAGCAUUCUUGUAUAGCCUUCCCUCAUCAACUAGGAAUGCACUAGAGGCAGAGUAAGGCUCAAUUAUUUUCCCUUAAUUACCAGUGUUGGAGUUUAAUUACCAGUAAAGAAUUUGGUGCUCUCAUCUGCAGUGAUAACAGAUGAUUCAAUGUGUUAACAGUCAUUUAUGCUCAUUGUUUCUGAUGUUCAGAUUGUCCCAAAUUUGGCCAGGUGCAACCCUUAAAGUAGCUCUUAAUAUCCUUUUGACAUUCACCGUCUACUCUUUUAUUGCCUUCCAACACAAGGUAUAGCACCUAAAUUGGAGAGAACACUUCCAUGUUAUGCAUGCUAGAAAGCAACAAAUUAGCUCCAAAAGACCUGUGACAAGGCCAUCAGGAAAUUUACAAGGGAAUAGAGCUUAUCAGUUAAUCUGCCAAGUGGGUUAAGUAGAGGGCAAUUAAGAGAGCAACUAGAUGUAUACCUAAUCUAUUACAUGUCUUGAUAAAAUUAUGGUAUUUAUAAGCUAAUAGCCCUCCUUUCCCGUCACAUCUCUUAAGGUAGGUUUCUGGUAAGAUCUAAAUAUUAAUCUUAAGGAUCUGUUUCAUGCAAAUCUAAGUACUAGUUUUUCUUGCUAAACCUUUAUUUGGGCUCUAAAACUUUAAGGCCGUUCUGUUUCAUUCUUUGUCUUGUGGUGUCAGUUCAUUUGCAUGUGCCGGUAAAUGUAUUCUUACUCCUCUAUUACUGUUAUUCUCCCCGUGGCUCUAUAUUUCAUCAUAAUUAGUAGCCCCUUAAAACACUAUAAUCAUUAAAAAUGGCAAGCAUGUGCACUACAGUGAUAUGUACAAAUGUAUGUGUAAGUGUGUAAGCAGCAUCAGGCCCUGCACUCUGUAUGAAUGGGAAAGUGAACCGCAUGAUGCUGAAGUAUCUUGCUUGAGGUCAUAUGUCAUAUAAUGACAGAAUAAGGAUUGGAACUGCAUAGCUCCAGCACCUAGUUGAGUUCUCCUUGUAAAAUAAUGUUAAAUGGAAAUUCUGAGUACAAACAGUAUGUACCUACAAUUUUAUAAAACUAUGUAUUUUUAUGAGAUUAGAGCACCAAAAAUUUUUUAAACUGUUUUUGUCUUUUUUCCCAUACAGUUUCUUUCUUUUUCAUUUGUUUGUUUUAGGGAGCAGAGAGUUUAAAAGGCAAUCAGGGGCAAGAAGGAAGGGAAAAGGAAGAAAGAAGAAGCUCCCCUGUACAGAGACAGAGGGAGGGGGUCUCCAAAGCUGAAAGAGGAGGUCCCCACCUGCCACAGAAACCAGCCAGGUAUAUAUGCAGAAGCUAGAGGUGUUUGAUUUGCAUAGGGUUCCGGGGAUUGAUUUGACCAGGCUUGUCAUUCACAUAGCGUGAGAAAGAGCUGGCCUACUCACCCUAGUCUUUUAAUAUGCAAAUGCAGAGUACCAUGAUCUACACACGUGGGGAUAUAUGGGGGUGGCCAUGUUGCCAGGAACAUAUGUGGCAAGGGCAAGAAGGUGGGAACCACAGUGUUGGGUGGACCCAGUUUCUAAUGGCCAACAUUUGCAUAUCAAAGGUUGCUGGCCUAAGAGCUGGGGCUUUACAAGAAACUUUUCUGGAAAUGCUUUAAAAAAUGAAAACUUCCUAAGGACCACCUUUUCUCUCUGAUUUCUUACUAACUCCUACCACAUUCCUCCCUGUGGUGAUACAACACUAACUUGCUGUUAAGUGGUUUUGGGCAAUGACUCUUUUUGACUACUUCCUGCUGAAAAAGGGCAUCGAAUGGAGAACAGCAGCUAGGGCACCUUCUGAGGUCAACUUAAGUGUCCUUGGAAGAAUGGCAUGUCCAUGUGUGGUUCAGUUUGCAUCACCAUUAGGAGUUUGAUUGCUUCCAGGCAAGAAGAAACAAUUAGAGUUAUAGUAUUGAGUAUACAGGGUUCAAAUGUCAAUACAAGAUAUAUAAGCAAGAGAGGGCUUAAUAAACGGGCUAACCAAUUCCAUAAAGAAGACUAGAAUUCAUUAAAGAGGGAUUGUAGCUGACAUUUUCCCUGAGCCUGUUAAUAAUUUUGAUAUGAUUUUUAAGUACCUAUAGAUUUUUCUCUAUUUUACUAAAGGUGUUAAUCAUUACUAAACCCAAUAAAAAGUCCUAGCAGACUCA